UUUCUAUUAUUUUUAUUCUGUUUUUAGGUUAACCGCCCUCUAACCAUGAAAAAGGAAGGCAUACAAACCCGUAAUCGUAAAUUAUCCUCAAAAUCGAAAAAGAAAAAGGGUUUAGGAGGCGGCUGUUUACCCAUUGGCGGUCAUUUAGGCAUGGGUGAUUUUAAACCUUUAGAUCCUUCUAAGGGUUUUGGUGGAGGCUUUUCGGCUUCAAUGGCUCAACAUGGCCAUCUUUCCAGUGGUUUACAUCCAGCUCAUGCGCAUAUGCAUGGUGGCUGGUAUACCGGCGGCAUGGGAGCUUUAGGUGCUUCCAGUGGUUUACAGGGUGGCUUUUCAACGGCUGGUUCUUUAAGUGGCGGUGUUGUUCCACAUUCUCAGCCUUAUCAUUUAGGUUUGGGUUCAAUGGUAAGUUUUUCAAAGCAUUAUUUUUGUUGAUUUUUGUAAUUUUUU